CCACCACUCCCAUUCUGCUUCUUCUUUAUCACGCCCCGCCUUCCCUUCCCUCUCCGAGGCCAGCAAACAAAAAGAGCUCCUUUCCUCCUCCCCCUUCCCUUCCUCCUCCUCCUCCUCGGGCCUUCGCCUCCUUCCAAUGCCGCCGCCCAAUCUCGAAGCGCGCGACUACAUCGGCCUCGGCCCCGCCGCGCCCGCGCCCUCCGCCUCCUCCUGCUCCUCCUCCGCCUCGGGCGAGGCCGGCCCGCACCUCGCGCUCCGCCUCGGCCUUCCCGGCCGCGACGAGCCGGAGGCCGCCGUCGACGCCGCGCUCACGCUGGGACCUGCUCCCGCUACUGCUACCGUCCCGCACAGGGGCGGCGCCAAGCGCGGGUUCGCAGACUCGCUCCUCGACCGUACUGCCCCUGCUGCCGGGGCUGGCGGGGAGGAGGACAAGCAGAAGGGUGAAGCCGCCGCCGCCGCCGGAGCCGGAGCUCCACCAGCUGCCAAGGCACAAGUUGUUGGGUGGCCGCCUGUUCGGAGCUACCGGAAGAACACGCUAGCCGCCAAUGCCACAAAGACCAAGGCGGAGAACGAAGGCAGAAGCGAGGCAGGAUGCUGCUAUGUCAAGGUCAGCAUGGAUGGGGCCCCAUACCUGAGGAAGGUCGAUCUUAAGACCUACUCCAGCUAUGACAACCUUUCCCUGGAGCUGGAGAAGAUGUUCAGCUGCUUCAUCACUGGCAAAAGCAGUUCCUGCAAAACAUCGACGAGAGACAGGCUCACUGAUGGUUCUAGGGCUGAUGCUCUUCAGGACCAAGAGUAUGUACUUACCUAUGAGGACAAGGAUGCUGACUGGAUGCUUGUUGGUGAUCUUCCUUGGGACUUGUUUACCACUACUUGUCGGAAACUGAGAAUCAUGAGAGGCUCUGAUGCUGCUGGAAUGGCCCCAAGAUAGCUGGAACCGAUCGGCCAGAACAAACAAGCGUCUGUCCGUCCUGGCCUCUCCUCCUCCUGAAGUCUUGUGUCUGAAUCACGCAAGUGUGGAAUUUUGAGUUAACGCUGCAAGGCGCCGCUGAAGGGUGCGAUGGUUGUCUCAACUCUCUGAAAGUGUCUGCGCUGCUGCUAGUUUAUCUAUCUACGUGUGUAGUGGAAUAUGUGCGUCCUACUGUAAAACAAUCCGUUUUUGACCUCGCCGUUGUAGAUGGUCCCUUUUGGUUCAUGAUGAAAGAUCACCGCCUGUAUGAUGAUGCUUUCGCCUACGCUCUUACAUAUAUAUUUGAAGUCGUAUUUUAUGAAAA